CUGCCAAGUCCAUCGCGAUCCUUCUUCUCUUGUGUCCCGUGCCUGCCCGUCUCUUCCUUGUACUUCUACUCUCGCCCGCCUGGGGUGCACAAACGAGCAAAGCAAGCUAGCUCGGUGGUAGUAGCCAAAGCCGAUCAAGCUAGUAGGCAUGGCGGAGGAGGCGUCGUCCGCGCCGGCGCCGGCGCCGGCUGGGGGGAAGAUGACGAUGGUGGCGGGGGUGGACGAGAGCGACCACAGCUUCUACGCGCUGCAGUGGGCGCUCCAGCACUUCUUCCAGCCGGCCCAGCCGCAGCAGUACCGCCUCGUCGUCGUCACCGCAAAGCCCUCCGCCGCGUCCGCCGUCGGGCUCGCCGGACCAGGCGCGGCGGACGUGCUGCCGUUCGUGGAGGCCGACCUCAAGCGCACCGCGCUGCGCGUCAUCGACAAGGCCAGGGACCUCUGCGCCGCCGCGCAGGUGGCCGACACCGAGUUCGAGGCGCUCGAGGGCGACGCCAGGAACGUGCUCUGCGACGCCGUCGAGAGGCACCACGCCGAGAUGCUCGUCGUCGGCAGCCACGGCUACGGGGCCAUCAAAAGGGCUGUUCUUGGAAGCGUGAGCGACUACUGCGCCCACCAUGCGCACUGCACCGUGAUGAUCGUGAAGAAGCCCAAGCCCAAACACUGAGCACCGAUCGAUGCGGCUACCUGACUCGUCAGGAUUCCACAAGCAAACAUAUAUUUACGUGUUGUCAAGUUGCAUAUGUGUCUGUCUCUGAAUAAUCAGAAGAUCAGCGACCAUCACGUAUCCGGUUACCUGGUCGAGUAACCGGAUAUGCAAUCCUACUACCUAUGGAUUGACAAGUACAUACAAAAUAAUCCUACUACCUCAAAAACAAUGCUAGCUUUUGUUCAUGGAAUGCAAUACGUGUGAAGUGCAUCUGAUUGCAAAUUCUGGUCUCCCUUGUUGUCAGUCAGAGACAGAGAGCAACAGGAACUCCAAAUUAGAAAAAUGGUAUCUCCAUUUUGUUCGUUUUGACGAGCUCUUCGA